CAGGAUUCGCUUUGUUUUCUAACAUAGCUGUGAAGAAUUGUGGUAUGGAGAAUGCUAUUAAGAAGAGCCAAGUGAGUCUGAACAGAAAUGGAGCACAUACUGUCCUUUCCACUACUGCAGUGUCAUCAGAGGGAAACAAAAACGGCAAGGGAGUCAUCAACUCCUUAAUGUCUGGCGCUUUGGCUGGAGCUGUGGCCAAGACAGCAGUUGCUCCACUGGACAGAACCAAAAUCAUAUUUCAAGUAUCUUCAAACAGAUUUUCAGCAAAGGAAGCUUACAAAUUAAUCUAUCGCACCUACCUCAAUGAUGGUUUCCUGAGCCUAUGGAGGGGCAAUUCAGCAACCAUGGUGCGAGUCAUCCCAUAUGCAGCCAUACAGUUUUGUGCACACGAACAGUACAAAACAUUGCUUGGAAGCUACUAUGGCUUUCAAGGAACUGCUUUGACACCAAUCCCUCGCCUCCUUGCAGGAUCCCUUGCAGGUACGACAGCUGCUAUGUUAACCUAUCCACUGGAUCUUGUUCGUGCACGCAUGGCUGUGACACCAAAGGAAAUGUACAGUAACAUCAUCCACGUUUUUAUGCGUAUAUCAAAAGAAGAGGGCUUGAAGACCCUGUACCGAGGGUUCGCUCCCACAAUUCUAGGAGUAAUUCCUUAUGCAGGAAUCAGCUUUUUCACUUAUGAAACACUAAAGAAACUGCAUGCAGAACAUAGUGGCAGAACCCAGCCUUACCCUUUUGAACGUCUGCUAUUUGGAGCCUGUGCUGGACUCUUAGGCCAAUCUGCUUCCUAUCCUCUGGAUGUGGUAAGACGGCGCAUGCAGACUGCUGGUGUUACUGGACAUACCUAUGGCUCCAUCCUUGGUACCAUGAGGGAAGUGGUGACUGAAGAAGGCUUCAUCCGUGGUCUAUAUAAAGGGCUCAGUAUGAACUGGGUGAAGGGUCCAAUUGCAGUAGGCAUGAGCUUUACCACCUUUGACCUAACACAGAUUCUUCUGAAAAAGCUCCAACAAAUGUCCAAUGUUCAGAGGUAG